AUGUUUGAAACCUUAUCGGUGACGCCUCCAGUGCCACCGCCUGAACCACCAAAGGGUGAUCGGGACAAGGGAAUGAGGUCAAAUCAUAAAAACCAGAAUGUUGUCAAUAUUUUGUAUAGAAAUAUUGUUUCUAGUGAGGAUAAUGCUACGAUGCAAGAUAGGGAAAACGAAGUGCAUAACUCAGAUCAUGAUGAAUCGUGGGAUAAUGAGUUGGAGGGAAUAUUAGAUGGGAUCAAAGUUAAAGAUUCCAAUAUUGGUGGAUAUGAUUGUCCACAAAUGAUAUUGUCCAAAUAUGAAGAGAAAAGAAUUCACCGAUCAUGGAGACGCGGAGUUAUCGUGAAGCUAUCGGGAAGGAGAAUAUGGUAUAAGGCUUCAGAGACACGACUGAAGCAAAUGUGGGUGAGGAAAUGA